AUGGAAAGAGACAUGAACGUGAGCAGCACUAGCAGUGUGGUGCACUGGCUAGCCAGCCUGACCCUAACCCUGCUUGGGAGUGUCCACCCCAUGCCUGUGACCAUAGACCCGGUGUGCACGGCAGACACCACUGCCAAGUACAGCCUGACAUUUACAGGGAUGUGGAGCCAAACCUCCUUCCCUAAGCAGUACCCAAUCUACCGCCCCCCUGCCCAGUGGUCCCCUCUCAUUGGGGUGACCCACAGUUCAGACUAUCAUAUUUGGCAGCGGAAUGAGUUUGCAAGCAACGGGGUGAGGGAGUUCUCUGAGAAGGGUGAGGCCUGGACUCUGAUGAAGGAGGUGGAGGCGGCUGGGGAACGCAUCCAGAGUGUCUACGGACUGUUCUCUGCUCCGGCCUUGGUUGGGGGAACGGGCCAGAUGACCUCAGAGUUCGAGGUCUUUGCAAGGCACUCUUUUCUAUCCUUCAUAGUGCGGAUAGUUCCCAGCCCAGACUGGUUCCUGGGAGUGGACAGCUUUGACCUGUGUGAGGGAGACCAGUGGAAGGAGAGUGUCACACUGGAGCUGUACCCCUACGAUGCAGGCACUGACAGUGGCUUCACCUUCUCCUCUCCCAACUUUGAGACCAUUCCUCAGGACAAAGUCACACAGAUAACGUCAUCUUCUCCAAGCCAUCCUGCCAACUCUUUCUAUUAUCCCCGUCUGAAGAAUCUGCCACCCAUGGGCAAGGUCACCCUCACAAAGACCAAGAACAACCAGAUCUUCAGCAUACCCAUGGAGCCCACCCAGUUCAACCAGACUGGCAAUGAGAUUGGCAAUGAGAUUGAGGACUCUCUCAUAAAUUCCACCCCUCUAGACUGUGAGGUGUCUGCAUGGUCACCCUGGGGCCUGUGCAAAGGCAAAUGCGGAGACUCAGGCGUGCGCCACAGAACUCGCUACAUUCACCUACAACCAGCAAACAAUGGGGUAGUCUGCCCCCCACUGGAAGAGGAGAACAAAUGUAUCCCUGAUAACUGCUUAUGA